GGGCGGGGCGAAAGCCGUGGGGCGGCCAUGACCGAAACUUCUGUGCCUGCCGCCGCGGUGUGAUCUGCAGAGUGUUGGGGUUUUGUUGUUUGUGUCUUGUAGGGGAUGGAGGAGGCGCGGAUGCGCAAGCUGGAGGCUGGUAGAGCUAAGUUUGCUCACUUCAGAGAACGAAAAGCAAAAAGCAAUGUCACGCAGUCGCAGAAAAAGACGACGAAGAGGAAGGGCUCGUCUGUCCACACACAUGACGUUCCACAGGAAGAGCACGCAGCAAUGGGCCAAGGCUGUGAUGUCGGUAAGGGUAUAGAGAGUAAGGCUGAAGACACCAACUUCCUAGAGACAACAACAGAGACAGAGGGGAGUGCUGAUUUGUCCAUCCAGGAUAUAGUGGUCAAUCUAGCAGCUGAAAAAGUUGCAGUACAUUCUGCUGCAGAAUAUAGUGAGCUUGAUGAUAAGAUGCGUCAAACAAGAAUAGCUGAGUUAGAGAAGAGACUUCUGGAGAAACAGCAAGCAGUUGGAAGACUUACUGUGCAGAUGAAUGAACUACAGGAACAACUUAGCCAGCAUAGGGACUCAAUGCAGCUUCAGGAAACAACUAUUCAAGAGCAGAAUGAAGUCAUAAGGAAACUAACAAGCUGCCUUCAACAAACAAGGAAGGAUUGGGAUGACUUGCAAGAAGAGGCUUCACAUGUAGCUGAUCAGAUCCAUGGCUUACAACUUCAGUUGCAUGAGGUUAAUGUGAUGCUGAAGAGUAAAGGCUCUGGGAAGAAAGAGGUAUUAGAAGCCCAGCAGCAAAUGUCCUUGUUUCAGAGCAGUCUCCAAGAACAAAAUGCACGUUUGGAGAUGCUGCAUCAGAGAGCAUAUGACCUGGAGGUACAGCUUGAGUCUUCUCAAAAGAAUACCAAAGAUAAGGAAUGUCUGCUUGCCCCAACGGAAGAGGGUAUGAAAGAUACAAUACAACAGCUAUAUGAAAGCGUAGGAGAAAAAGGAGACUGUAUUAAAAGUCUUCAGGAUCUACUGGCAUCAGAAAGAUUCAAUUUGUCUAUACUACAACGUUCUCUUUCUCUCCGGGACUCAGAAAUAAAAGAAUUAAAAAAUGAAAUAACCUUAACCAAAAUGAAAGAACAGCAACAUAUUGAAGAACUGAAAGUGAAUCAUGAAAAGGAUGUUUGCAGACAGAUAGAGCACUUGAAGGUUGAGCUGGAGAAAUGUCAUAGAAAAGAGACUGCAGAAGCCAACCAGAUAUAUGAAGAAGAAAUGAUUUUAAAAUAUAAAAGUGAACCUGGACAGUUAAAAAAAGAACUCACUGCUCUGAAUUCUGAAGAACGCAUUCAGAAUUUAAAUAGAAUAAUAAUUAACUUAAAUAAUAGUCUUCAUGAAUCUGAAAUUAGUAAAGAAAAUUUGAGAAAGGAACUUGUAAACCAACAGGAAAACUUUCAGAGAGAAAAGACUGAGGUUGAGAUGCAAUAUAAAGUUCUAAUUAACGAUCUUAAGUCUCAGCUUUCAAAGGCAAAAGAGCAGGUCAAAGAAGCCCAGCGGUAUGAGCAGGAAAAGCAGUGCUUGAAUGAAGAGAUUCAGAAACUGCAUUAUUUCAUCCGGGAAUUAAAUAAAAAGCGACUUUUUGAGGCAGAAAAAAGUAAAGAUGCAAAGCAAAAGCAUGAUGAAGAGACUGUCUCCAAUAAAAACCUAAGGGAAAUACGAACUUUACCAGAUAUAUUGGAGUUGCAGACAAUGAAGCUUGAGAAGAUGUUGAAUGAACCACACCGAUUUAAAGAAGAGCUAGAUCCUGACAAACUAGAUUUCCAGUGUCAACUGAGAAUAGAUUCAGUUAGGGAUGAAUCAGAAGAAAUAGUGUGUUCAAAGAUCAGAGAGCAUAAUGAAAGCAGUGGAGAUCACUUGUAUGAAGAACCAUUGCCAGAACUAGGAUUUUUCACUACUGAUGAAGAGAUACUAUCAAAAUAUCUUGUCUUCACGGAGAGACCAGAGCAGUCAUAUGUGUCAGGCUGUUCUGAAGGUUAUACCAUUGAAGAAGAUAAACACAGUAGGUCUGGGUUAGACAGUAAUGUGUUUUCAGAUCCCAGCACAGAUUUUAAACCUCCUCAAUUAAACUUUGACCUUGAUGAAAAAACAUGCCAUUGGAGUUUGACUAAAGAGACAUUUGAAGAGACCAAGAUGGAAGCAGAGGCCCUCAUUUCAUUUUUGUCAGAUGGCUCUCCACUGCAAAACAAAAUAAGCGACUAUGGUGAUGUAAAGGAUGAUGAGAGAGCUUGUGUAUUAGAGAGAUGUGUGAAGCUAACUGAGCAGCUCCACAAAAAAGAGUCAGCCUUGAAGAAAUCUCAUCAGGAGACCCAAGAAGCUGUUGAAAAAUGGAAAAAAGUAAUGGCUGAGCUCUGUGAAAUUAAUGUGGAAUUGAAUAAGGAACGUGAAGCACGGCUAUGUUGUGAAGAACAACUUCUUCAGAAAACAGAGAGGGAGAAAGAACUUGAAAACAAAAUAAACCUCCUAGUAAAGCAAAAGGAUGAGGAUGGAAGCCAAUCUUCCUCUGUCACAGAGCCUAUAGCACAAGCAUCUAAAUCCUCUACCUGGCAACAAAUGGUAAAAGACCUCCAGGAGGAAAGACAGAAGUCCUCUGCCUGGCAAGAAAUGGUGAAAGAGCUCCAGGAGGAAAAAGAAAUGUUGAUGGUGCAGUUGCGAACUCAGGAGCAGUUAGUGAAAGAAGUUCAAGAGCAGAAAAUAGCUUCUGAUUCUGUAACAAGUGAAGUACAGACUCUUUUUGGACGUCAGUUGGCUGCUUUGCAAAGUCAAAGGGAUCGAAUGCAGAACCAACUUGAUGCUCAGAAGGCUAAAAACCAGAGAAUAACAGAGCUGCUUGGUCAGAAAACCAUACUGGAAGAGACAAUGCUAAAAGAACAGGCGUUGCUCAAAGCAGAAAUCAAUAACAAAGAGCAAGACUUAGCACUCUUAGUGAAAGAGAAAACAGUAUUAGGAGAGAGAUUAUCAGUCAUGGAGGAGGAUCUAGGAAAAGCAGAGAGAGCAUUAGCAGCAAAUGCUAGCAUCAUUGCAGAUCUUGAGAAAAAUAUACAUGAAGUUAAUGCUGAAGUGCAAAAUGUCAAAGAAGUACAGGAGUGUGAAAGACUAAGCUAUGAGGAUAGGCUGAACUUGAACAACAGGGAAAUUAAUAAACUUCAUGCUGAAAUAAAGGCAAAAAGUACUGAAUUCGGUGAGAAAGAAAGCCAACUGAUUGAAGAAAUAGCUCAUUUGAAGAAGGUUCAUUUGGAGCUUGAAAAUUACUUGCGGGAAUCCUUUCAGUCUGUACAAGAUGCAAAGAAGGCACAGUGUGAGAUGAUGAAUUAUUACAAGGAGGAAAUUGUUAAAAUGGAGAGUCAGCACCUUGCAGAAUUAACUAAACUGAGUUUGACACACAAGAAGGAGAUAGAAGAAUUAAAUGCUGAAAUAAAAGAUAAAGUUGAAAAGCAAAAGAAGUUGGAGGAAGAAAGAGUAGAACAGCUUGCUUUAGUAAAAAAGGUACAUGAACGAGAGCAUGACCGUGAAAUUUCUGAACUGAUUGCUAAACAUAAAGAGGAAAUGGAGGAGCUCCGUGCUGAACUUCAUAAAGAAAAGCUACACCUGUUGGAUGAACUUCAGCAGCAAAUGGCAGCCACACAUAAAGCAGAGAUUGAGUAUGCCCAGCUCCAAUCACAGACACUUCACAGCCUUGAAUUGGAAGCAUUACGCCUAAGCUUAAACAAUUUGCAUACCUCUCAGCUUGAGCUUACUCAGUCCAACUUGAGAAAAGAAAAGGAAACUGCACUUGUGGAGCUACGGGAGAUGCUCAAUGAUAAGCGUGCUCAGGAGAUAGCAAUUCUACAAAGCCGCCAUCAGCUGGAGUGGGAGAAAAUUAAAGAACGUUGUUUGAAGGAAAAAGAAGACCUAACGUCAAAGUAUCAGCAAGAAUUAGUUGAUCAGAGAAAGAAAAUAGAAUUGGAAAUGGAAGAGAAACAUAUCCAGAUAUUAGAGACUCUCAAAAGAGACUGGGAAUUGGAGUCUGAGAUGCGUUUAAAAUACACAUGUGAGGAGCUGUCUAAAAAACAUAAGGCUGAAAUAGCAGAGCUGCAGAAAACUCUGGAAAUGGAAUUAGAAAAAGUCAAAGCAGAGCUGGGACUUCUUUCUCUUGAGAAGGAGCAAUCUGAAAUGAAAUGUGUAGAUUUGGAGAAACAACAGCAGUUAGCAAUCACAACGUUAACUAAACAACUGCAGUCUGAACACAACCAACUCCUAGAAGAUGUGAAGAUAGAAAGCCAAGAAAAAGAACAGAAUCUACAGAAGGAGCUGGAAAAACUUCAGGUCAUGCACGAAGAAUUCAAGACUCGAUCACAAGAAGAAGUCAAGCAGCUUUGGUCUCAACUUGGCAGUACUCGAGCAAAUCGGCAAGAGUUAAGUGGUGGUGAGUCAGUCUGGUUGAGGAUGGAAGCUCAUGUUCCAGAGCUGAAAGAGCAGCUCAUGGCUCGUGCAUCACAGGUGGAAGAAAUAGAGCAUUUAAAGCAAAAAUUUGAAGAGCAGCAGCAGCAAACAAAAAGUGAGCAUGAAGCUGAAUUAGAACAGCUUAGAAUCUACUUUGAAAGAAAGUUAAGAGUCACUGAGGAAAACUACAGAGAAGAAUUGACUUUGCUGCAUCAGAAACUGCAAGAACUGAAAGAAUAUUCCGUAUCUGGGGUUGAUGUGAGCCAUAAUCAAGCAGGGAAUAUCAGUUCUUCUGUCAUAGUUUUUGGAGAGGCUGUUGAGAAAGAGAGAAAAGACUUUUUCCUAGAUCAACUGAAUCAACAGCUGGAGCAACAUAAGGAAGAAAUUGCCUGUUUGCAAGGACAACUUAAAGAAGAUCACAGACAUGAACUAGAUUCCUUAAAGUCUUCCCUUGCACUUCAAUAUAAAGGGGACCUACUGAAAAUGAAGAUGGAGCUCUCAGACAAGUAUAUAGCAGAAAUAGAGGAGAUGAAAAGAAAGCAUUGUUUAGAACUUGAGCAGCUCCGUGCCAGACUUUCAGAAGAACAUAUCAAAGAAAUCACUAAACUGCGCCUACAGAGUGCUCAAGAUGCAGCACGUCAAGUUGAAAUGGAGGUGGCCAAGCGAGUGUCUGUGCUGGAGGAAGAACACAAAGUUAAGCUCUCUCUCCUCCACUCUGAGGAACAGCAUAUUGCAGAGCUUUCAGAAGAAAUAAAGUGUUUAAAAGAAGAGAUGACUAAACAAAAAGACUUUUUUGUGCAGAAUGAAAAGCAUCUGAAAGAGCAAAUGGAACAGGUAAAAUUUAAAAUCGCUGAGGAUCACGAGAAUGAAUUAAAGGAAGCCAGGGAAGAAGUUCUGAAAAUAGAGACUUUGUACAAAGAGAAAGAGAAGAAAUGGAAAUGUGAAAGUGAGGACCAGAGAGUCCAAGCGGAGGAGAAAUUAUCAUUGUUGCACACAGAACUGCAAAAUAGGUUGGAAUAUGAGAAGCAGAAUUUACAGAAGGAGUUUGAAGUUCGUGAAGCUCAAAUGAAUCAGCUCCAAGAUCACCAGGCUGCCAAAAUUGUAGAAUUAGAGAAGUUGGUAAAAGAGCAGCAAAACAACUUGAAACAGUUAGAGGACAGCCUUGCAGUUGCACAGGCUACACGUAAGUCUCAGGAACAAUAUGACAGUGACCUGCAGGCAGCCAAAGAGCUUAUGGCAAAAGAAAUGGAGAAGGCCGAGCUUUGUCUGCAGGAAGAAUGUGCGCUGAAACUUAUGAAAGCACAAAACAAGUUUAUGGAGGAACACAAAGCUUUGACUCAGAAGUUCACAGCUGAGCAAGAGAUUCUUCUCCAAGAGCUGAAGAAGAGACAUGUUGAUGAGCUAGAACUCCAAAGUCAGCAGCUACAGGAGAAGCAUAAGCAGGAAAUUUUAUCUCUGACAGCUGAGUUUCAGAGAAAGCACCAAGCUGAAAUUAAGACACUUAAAUCUACACUAGAAAGUAAACAGCAAAUUCAGCUUGAAGCUUUUGUUGCUGAACUUCAGACAAAACAUCAAGCACAAGUUGAUGCCCUGGAGGCUAAACACUUAUCAAACCUGGAUUCCUUGGAGUCAUCCUACCUAUCUGAAAUUCAGAAUAUAAGAGGUGAACAUAGGCUGGUUCUUGAGAAACUACAGCUGCAUCACACAGAGCAGCUCCAUGAAAAGGAUAAAAUGAAUCAAGCAUGCCUGGCUCAGGAGAUAGAGAUAUUGAAAUUAAAGCACUCUGAAGAACUUCAGCUAGCACAAAAUAAUUUGAAAAUUGAGCUAGCUACUGUGCAUAUGGAAAAACUUAAAAUUAUGGCUGUAGAAGCAGAAGAAGCUCAUAAGGAUGAUUUAAAAGCAGCUCUGCAAAAUCAGAGAAGUUUACUGGAAGAAGAAAAACGUCUAGCCUUGGAUAUGUUACGUGAGGAAGUAGUGCACAUGGAAGAAAAACAUAGAAAAGCACUGCAAGAACUUCAGGAUCUUCAUGAGGCAGAAAUUAAGAAGCAUAAGGAAGAAUACUCUAGGGAGCUGGAAAAGGAAUUGGAGAAACUAAAAGCACAGCAUAAACAUGAACAGGAGAUGUAUGCUUCUGCAUCAGCCUCUGAAAUUGAAACUGUGAGGACAGCUCUUCUGUCUCAAUUUGAGGCAGUGAAAAUGAAGCAGCAGCUUCAGUUCCAGGAAGAGAUUGAGCUGUUGAAGUGUCAGUCAGAAGUACUCCUUGAACAGCAAAUUGCACAGCUGAAGGAUGAAUUUGAAGCUGAAAAAACAGCAUUAAUACAUGACCAGGAGCAGGUGUUAAUUCAGGAAAGUGAGAAGGCACAGGCUGCUUGCCAAAAGGAGAAGGAGACAUUAUCAGCACAGCUACAGGAAAAAGCAGCAAGAAUUAUCCAGCUGGAAAAGAGAGUAGAAUCUUUAAAUUGUGAAAUACAGGAGACCAACUGUGAACUGGAGACACUCAUAGAGCGACGGGACAGAGAGAACCAAGAAGGAGGGAAUUUGGUAGCCAUGUUGAGAUCUGAUAUUGAGCAGUCCAAAGAUGAAAGGAAGAAAAUGCAGGACUCAUAUCAGUGUGUUUUGAAAUGGCUUGUGGAGCUGGUGAAGGCCACAAUUGCUGUUGAGGAUCUUAUCUGUAGCAAGAUUGGUCUUUGCCUUGAUAACAGUAUGGCUUCUGCAGAUUCUAUGGAAAGUCACAGUAUUGUGGAAGAAAUAGGUUUCGCACAAUACUUCAAAGCUAAAGAAAAGAGUCACCUAGAGAAAGUAGAUGAACUGCUUGAUGAAACUCUCACAGAACACAGCCAGCUGUCUCCAGUGACUGAAGAGCAGUAUGAGUUGAGCCAGUACUUAUAUGAAAGUGUUUUUGCAAAGCCAGAAAUGGCAUAUGAAAACGAAGAAAUGAUACUGAAAAUUUGUCGUCGUUUGCGCACUGCGGUGGAAAGACUUCUGGAACUGGUUACAGAAUCAACUAAGCAACUGGAAAAAACACAUGAAAUCCAUGCACAGUUUGAAGAAGAAUUCACCCGCCGAAAUCAGGAGACUGCUCAGGUGGUUUGUCAACAUCGAGAACUAAUGGAGUGCCUCACUGAGGAAAGUGAGGCCAAGAAUCAGCUGGCACUAGAGCUUCAUAAAGCAGAAGGCAUUAUUGAAGGCUAUGUUGCAGAAAAAGCUGCGCUGGAGGAGGCCUUGAAUCUAAAAGAAGAAUCUGAGCGUCGCCUUGUUGUGGAGCUGGAGAAUAUGCGUGAACGCUUCCAGGAACUAACCCAGGAGCAGGCAAUUCUUGGUCUACUUAAGGAAGUAGAACUUUUAGCAAAGGAGAAAUUGGAACUUGAGUGUCAGGCAGAAAAGGACCAUUCUAACUUACGCUCUCAAAUGAAAGUUCUGGAGAUGGAACUGGAAGAACAGCUGCAUAGUAAUCAAGACUUGACUAAACAAUUGAUGGAGACUGCUGAGUUAAAGCAGCAAAUUGAAGUCCUUGAAAAACAGCUUAAAAACCAGCGACAAUUCAUGGAUGAACAAGCUAUAGAAAGAGAAAAUGAACGUGAUGAUUUUCAGCAAGAAAUUAAAAAGCUGGAAGAACAGUUGAAACUUUCAGCUAAGUUACAGACUUCGGGAGAGCCCAGGGAGUAUGGGAACUAUGACUUGAUUCUACAGGUAGAAUCUUUACAAGCAGAAGUAGAAGAGAAGGUGGAUGAUUACAAUAAGCUGUUAUUAGAAAAGGAACAAAAACAUCAAGAAAUUGCAGCUCGUGAUAAAGAGAUUGAAAAACUGGUGGCACAAGUACAAGAACUGGAGCACAGCAGUACUGAAGUCUCAAAGACUGUAAACUACUUGCAACAACAACUUCAAAAAAUGAAGAAAGUAGAAACUGAAUUAAAACAGGAUAAAGAAGCAUUGCAACAGCAGCAGUACAACAAUUUGAUCCAGAUCUCUGCCCUGCAAUCUAAAUUGGAUGAAGUGAGGCAUGGAGUACCUGUGGAAGGCACUUCUGACCAAGAGCUGAAGGAACAGUUACAGGCAGAACAGGAAUCACUUGAGAGGAAAGAAGGAGAGAUUGCAAGCUUGUUAGACCACCUAGAACAACAUAAAGAUAUAUUGACCAGUAAAAAUGAGGAGAUAUUACAGCUGAAAUUGCAGCUAGAGGUGCAAAAAAAUCUUAGCACUUCCACCAUCAACCAGCUUCAGAUAGAGAAUGCACAAUUGAAGGAUCUAGCAAAACUUCAUGUAAAGCAAAAUCGGGACUCGGAUGUAGGUGAUUCCUCAGCUCUGUCCUUCCCACAAGCACUACUUGAAGAAAAGAAUCAAGAAAUAGAUCACCUGAAUGAACAGCUGAGAAGACUCAAGUAUGAUCAAGUGAAUACCCUUGAGAAUAAAGUUGUGGAAGACCAAAAAUCUGAAAUUGAAGAACUCAGGUCUGUUAUUGAGUACCUUCGUGGUGACCAGGAACGGCUGUGUAAGGACAAAGAUGAAGAGGUAGAGCAACUUCACGAAGUAAUUGAGAAGCUCCAAAAAGAGUUGGCACAAAUUGGACCAGUAUGUCAUGAAGUUAGUGACAACCAAGGUGACAUUUUUCAAUUUGGAUUGGAAAAGUCAGUGGAAAACCUGCAGAAGGAGUUGAAAAAGGGAUUGAUAGAUUGUCAGGGUGAUACUGAUCUAGAUGGAAGAAAUGCAUUGCUACUCUGCAAGGUGAGGGAACUUGAAGAAGAUCUAGAGUUUGCCUCAGCUGCUAAAAAAGAUCUGCAGCAGCAGUUGGAAGAGAAAGAAUCACAGUUCAAAAUGGAAGUGGAAAUUUUAGAGAAAAAAUGCCAAAAUUUACAGGAAUCAUCAAGGCAGCACUUUGCAGAGCUAAACACUCUGAGAUUACAGUACCAUGCACUUCAGGAAGAGUACAGCCUUCUCCAAACACAUAUUUCUCAGAGAGAAUUGGAAGCAAGGAUUGCUUCUUCUUGUGUUCAGGAACUCAAAGAUAGUAUGAAAGAGAGGGAAGUGAGUAUUCUUGGAAAAGAUAGCCAGAUACAGGCAAUGGCACAUCAAAGAGAAGCUGAUGAAGGUGAAUUGCGGUACUUAACAGAACAGGCAUCAGAUCUUGAAACUGAGUUGAAAAAGAGAGAUGCAAGUCAGGCUCAAGAUGUUCAUAGUCCUGAGUUAGAAGUUUCUAGACUUGAUUUGCAUGUGCAAGCAAUGAAUCAGAAAGAAGUAUCUAAGCAGAGAGAAAUUGAUGAAUUGCAAGGUAGCACAACAAAAUUGAAAGAUCAAAUCAAGAUAUACACAAAAGAGCUUGAAGCCUUACAUUUGGAAAGAGAUGAACUUAUUUCACAGUUGGAAUUGUACAAGCCAAAGGAGCAGUGUGAUAAAGAGAAUGCUAACUGUCUUGAGCUGUUCUGCUGGGGACAAAGACAAGGCGAGGUCCUUAAGGAGGGAAUGGAGGAGUUGGAAUCACUGGAAACACAUGUUGAUCAGUCAUUUGCUUCCCCAGCUGAUAAUCUGGAAAAGGUUGCUUUGUUUGACUUCACUGCUCAUGAUAUAAGUAAACAAUCUCAGGUUAAGCAAUCAGAAGAAAAUAUCUCAAUUCAGAAAUUGGACAUGAUCAACAGCUCUGAAGAACAGCAAACUUUGAAAAAGCAUCACCAUCAAACUCUCGAUUCUCCAAAAAUCAUUGUGAAUGCAGGCUGUACUGAAGGUACUCUUAAAAACUUCCAGGAUUUCAUUGUAGAUGUGACUUCAUGGGAUUCGCCUGAGAUUAUGAGAAAACAAGAUAUAAGUAUGGAACUUCCACCAGCGCUUAAUCUGACACCCUUUUCAGAAGCUGAAAGUACAGGUCUUGAAAUGGCGCACAGUAGGUCAUCCCUGCAGGGUGAUAAUUCUGUUUUGUUGGGAUUUUCUCACCUUUAUGAAAAUGGCAGUGAGGAAGCAGCAGGCAGAGCAGAUGUAAAAUCUCCAGUUUCCUCUGAAAGUAUCUACUCUGGUGCUGAUCGUGACCAAGAUCUGAAGAAGACGACUUUGCAGAUGAGCGGAACAGAUAAUCUAACUCCAUCAGAUUUGCAAGAUGAUGUAAGAUCGGGAGCAUCUGCCAUAGAUGUGAUGAGCAAUGGAUGUGACAGCAGUACCAGAUCAAAUUUGGAGGCUAAACUGAAGGAGCAGUUACAAACAUCAGACCACUCGGAUGCUAAUUUCAUGGCUUAUCUGCAGUACUGUGGCAUGUUUCCAGAUAUUAUGGAAUCAGUGAGAGAAAAGGAAAUACUUUCACCACAACUAAAGACUGUGCUGAAGUUGGUGUAUGAAGAGAGCCACAAGAUAUUGGCUUUGUCAGAACAUUCCUUUGGUUUUAGGGAGCUGAAAAAUGUUCAUCAGACCAAAGCACUGAUGGAGGGAUGGCAAAAAGAGGGCUUAGCCUUGCUGAAUGCUAUACAGUCACUGAAAGAUUAUCUUAGCAAGGUGGCAGAUAGAGGAGAUAAGGAGGAACAGAGGCAGAUGGUUGUGGAGCACCUUUUCUCUUCGGACCGGAACAGCUUGCUCUCUGAGAUACAGGAGCUUCGAGCUCAACUACGCAUGACACAUCUUCAGAACCAGGAGAAGCUACAACAGUUGCAGGAAACUCUUACUAGUGUAGAAGAUCAUGGGAGCAAACAAGAACACCAGCUUCGAAGGAAAGUUGAAUUAUUAGAAUAUAAGCUUCAGCAGGAAAAAUGCAUUGUAAGUGACCUGCAUAGCACGCUGUCUGAGGAGCAGAAGAGAGCCUCUGAAACACGUGAACUCUUGAGUCAAGAAAAAGCAGCAGUUUCAACCCUGAAGUCAGAUCUAUAUGAACGUAAGCAAGAGAAUGAAAGGCUGAAAAAAUCCCUAGAAGAGCAUCAGAGAGAAAUAAACAAGCUCUGUUUUGAAUUGGAAAGUAAAGAGAAGGAUUUGACAGCUACUCUGCAAGAGUUGGAGGCUGAACGUCUUACAGAAACAGAGCUGCGAGUUUUGCUUGAGGAACAACAGCUUCAGCAUAAGAAAGCAGAAGAUGAAAAGAAAAAGGCCUUGGAGGAUUUACAGGCUGCCUUGGAUUUGCAGACUGCGCAGAAUAGGAAGCUGUCUGUAUCCUUAGAGCAUGAACAAAUUAUAAAUGAUAAUCUCCGCAAGGAACUUCGGAUAGAAUAUUCUCGCUGUGAAGCAUUAUUGUCCCAAGAACAUGACAAAGUGUUGGAGCUACAGAAAAACUUGGAUGCUGAGAGAAAUCGUUCUUUGGAGCUCUUGAAUUCCUUGAAUCAUGAACGUAUUUUGACAGAACAGUUGAGCGUGCAAGCUAAGGAGGAUGCUUCUUGUCAGCGCAGGGAGUUGUUGCUGGAACAGGCCUUUAUCCGAGAGCUCCAAGCCCAGCUGGAGGAAGAGAGAUCCCAAAAGACGGAGCUGGCUGUAAUUACUGAGAAAACACACCAGAGAGCCAUUCGUUCCAAGAGGCAGCUAGAGGCUGAAGUACAGAUGUGUUGUGAAGAAACACAGAAGGAGAAAGAGAUCACUAACAAACUCCGAGUGAUGCUGGACUCUCUUCAGAGUCAAAAGCAAGAGCAAAACUUGGAACUGCAACACCAGAGGGAUGAACAAAGAAUUAAAGAGAUGCAGGAAAUCGUGGCAAUCUUAGGAGAAACAGAAAGAAGUCCUCCAUCUCCCAGCAGUCAACAAGGACUGUUGUGUACUUCAGACAAAGAUCAAAAUGCCAAAGAGCCCAUGACAAUAGAAAUUGGAAAAUUCAACUUGCAGCAGCAGCAGAAGCAACAGCUGGAGAAGAUAAGACAACAGUUGCUUUUCGUAGCUGCACAUCUCAUUGAGUUAAUGUGUAAAACUGUAGAUAAAACAGUUAACGACUGGUAUGUAUCAAAUGAUGAAGCUGUAGCAUCUUUACUGCAGACAUUAAAGGAACUAAAAUCAGAUUUAUUGUCUCCUGCAUCUCAGAUCAGAUCUACAGAUGAUUCCAACCCUGUUCAAGAACUGGAAAGAGCUGCUUGGCAGCAAGAAAGAAACAUUCUGCAGAAUGCACUGAAACAGGCAGAAUCCAAACUGGCUAAAGCAACUGCUGAAACUGAAAACAAACCAGCCAUGGAAGCAUUCAAUCCUAAGUUACAGAGAUUAUAUAGGAAGUACCUAAGAGCAGAGAGCUUUAGAAAGGCUCUGGUUUAUCAGAAGAAAUACCUCUUGCUGCUUCUUGGUGGAUUUCAAGACUGCGAACAAGCAACUCUCUCUCUAAUAGCACGCAUGGGAAUCUACCCCUCGCCUGCAGACCUGCAGCUUUCUGCCUCCCGCUCCCGCCCUUUUACCAAGUUCAGAUGCGCAGUCAGAGCAGUCAUUGCUGUAUCAAGGUUGAAGUUUUUGGUGAAAAAGUGGAACAAACUUAACAGAAAAAAUGCCCAGGCUGAAACAGUUUCCCAAAACACAGGAAGUAAUACUGCCUCUGGUGCCAGAACAGAAACUCUGAAACAGCAGCAGCUCACAGCUGUUCAUGUAAGCUCUCCCCCAACCUGGGACACUGGCCUGUGCCACAGAACCAGCUCUGCAAGAUCUGUGAGCUGCUCCUCCAAAUCCUCUCUCCGGUCACACAGCAGAUUGCCUCCAUCCACUUCAGAAAAGUCACCUGUGCCUACUCAGGAUCCUGAACGAUCACUUACAGAAUAUAUCCACCGCUUGGAGAUUAUCCAGCAAAGACUAGGAGGGAUGCAGCCAGAUGCUGUUGCUGAUUCUUUCCCUAUGUUCUGGCUGCUGAUCCCCACAGUCAGUUGUUUACUUCCUAAGACUACCUGUGGGUCACUGCAGUCAUCUGUCCCUAGGCAAGAAAUGUUUAUUUCCUCCUACCAGCACCUUCCUUAGUUCUCCAUACACUCAGUCAAAACCUGAACGGAUUUUACUGUGCAGAUGUCGUGGCUCUAGGGGUGGGCCACAUUGAUUCUUCUGCAAAUUGCAUAUGUACACCUACAUGUUUCUUUCACUAAGCGUAACCUUUGUCAACACUGUUUCCCAGGCAGCCUUGUAUCUUAUAACUGUCCUGCAGCUUUUGCACAAAGAUGUGUGAUUUUAUGUUGGUUGAGCUGAGGUGAGGAAGAGAGAACCAUACUUGACUGAACCUGCAGACCUCUGUGACAGUCAUUGAUGCUCUUACUGCCACUUCUUUGGUCUCUGUCAUCAGCAAAUAGAUCAUCUCUAUGGAGGUGUUUGUGGGAGUUGCUGGCCCAACAAUGGUAUCAGUAAUGGUUAAUAUUGAUAUCUGCAUUUGGAAAAAUAAUGACUUUAAAGCUAACUUCUGAGGCAAAUUCUUAAGAUUACACAGCACAAUCCUAACACACCCUUAGAGUUAACCUUGACAACUUAAACUUGAAAACCAUGUGUAUUUCUCUAGAAAGAGGAAGAUGUUGGCUUUGUCAGAGUUCAUAAGAGCAUGGUACAGCUGGACAACAGCUCUGAGGAAAGCCCAAGACAUUGUUUUUCUGGCUCUCUGACUAAAUACACUUCUUUUUUUAAGGUUUUAAAGGUUUUUAAGGUUUUAAAGGUUUUAAGGUUUUAAAGGUUAAAAAAAAGGUUAACUUUGUUUACAAAUCCUGGUCUUAUAUCCUUAAAGUCAACGGCUACAGUGACACUUCCAUGUGGCAACUUAACAUUCUUGGCAGCAUUUUUCCUACAAACCUUAACAUCAUGACUUUUGUUUUUUCUUUUCCCAAGUGCUUUGUGCAUGGCAGGUAUGGAUGAUCAGAUGUUAGAAAUGAAACCUGAGUUAUUUCACAGAAUGAGGUAUUUUGUGCUAAGUGUGGAGCACUCACCUGGGGUUAGUUAUAACAAUGCAUACUGGUUUUGGAACCUUCACAUUACCAGAAUGAUGCUCUAGGCAGUUGCAGUACCACACAGUAACCUUCAGAACAGAGCUCUGAGUAAGGUGAGUUCCUGGUUGCUGAACUUUACAUCACCCCACAGAUACAACAGCUUGUAAGCAGUAGUGCAUGUUGGAUCAUCACAAGAACAGUGCAUGUUGGAUCAUCACAAGAGCAGUUGGGUUGAACAAAGCAAUCCAUUGUUCUCUAUGUACUCUUCUGAUUGAGCAUUGGUCUUUAUGUGUGAAUGUUUGCUUUUGCAGGGCUGUAAGCUUUCAAGUUCCUAGGUACUCAUGAAGAUGGUAAUUGCUUUCAGUGUAGCUCAUGUGAAGUAUAUUGAGGAAAUAACAUGCUGCUAACUGCACCCUGUUUAGCAUAACACAAGCACUUUUCUAAUAUUCAUUUGUUUUAUUUAAAUUUAGGACAAGUUCCGGGCCCGCCUUGCCAAAGAAACAUGAAAAAGUGAUCCGAAUGCUUCUGAAAUCUGUGCUGCAAAACCACCAAGUUAUUGCUUCUUUCUGAGUUAUUCCCUGGUGAAUGGAGGCGCUUGUUAUCUCCUCUGCAACUAAAUAAAGGGCAGUGCUUUUGCAUCAGA